AGCUUGUCAUUGCACCUUGGCAAUGAAGUGUUCGAUGUCUAUAAAGCUCCACUGCAAGGAGACCACAACCAUCUCUUUAUUAGACAGGGUACUGGUCUACAAGGGCAAGCUGUAUUCAAGACAAAGUUAACCUUUAGACCACACUCUACAGACAGUGCCACUCACAGGAAGAUGACACUGUCUCUUGCAGAUAGGUGUUCCAAGACUCAGAAGAUUCGCAUUCUGCCAGUGGCUGGAAGAGACCCUGAAUCUCAGCGCUCAGAGAUGAUCAAGAAAGAGGAGGAGAAGCUGAGAGCAUCUAUUCGCAGAGAGUCUCAGCAGAGGAGAAUGAGGGAGAAACAACAUCAGCGUGGGUUGAGUGCUAAUUAUUUGGAGCCCGAUCGCUAUGAAGAAGAAGAAGAUGGUGAUGAGGCAAUUAGUCUAGCAGCUAUCAAGAGUAAAUUUAAAGGCAGUGGUGGAGGAAAAGAGGAGCGUCCCAGAAUUUAUUCUUCGGACAGUGAUGAAGCAUCAGAUGAUGAUAAAGCACAAAGGUUGCUGAAAGCUAAGAAAGUCACCAGUGAUGAGGAAGGAGAUGUUUACAGAAAAAGAAAAUCAGAUGAUGACGAUGAACCAGUCAGCAAAAAGCACAAAAAGUAUGUGAUAAGCGAUGAUGAGGAUGAGGAGGCAGAAGAUAUGGAUGCUGAGUAAUUCACUUUUCAGUUACAUUACUUAAGGACUGCAGCAGUUUCCAUACAGUGGGAUGAACUGUAAUCUAGUCAGUUUGUCUUUUUGUUCUGCUGAUCACUGUAUGUGGACCCCUUGUACAUAAACUGUAAAUAAAAUUCAGAAAAAAAAAUGAUUUUUUUGUAGAUAUGUUCAGGAAAUCCAGAGAAAGCUUGCUCUUGCCAUAAUCAUGUUUGUAUUCUGUAUCUUGGAAUUUAAACAGAAGCAUAUCGUAAUUUGCUUAACUACGCUCAGAAGUACCCAUUGUAUUUGCUGAAUGUGUGAAAUGGGUGAAAAUAGAAGGGUGAGGAACCACCUUCCUUCCUUCCUUCCUUCAAACAUUAUUACCUCUUCAAGAAGACCCUUAAGCAGCUGCAGUACUUAACUGUUAAAGGUAAUUAAGUCACACUACUUUCCACUUAAACAGGGGAUCUGGUUUUGACCAGACUUAUUUUUCUUAUAAUGUACUUUUAUACAGUGACUGCAUUACUGGUUAGGAUGUGUUUAAUGUGAUGAUAGUUUAUUAUAUAUUGUCAUAAGUCCUUCAGCUGUUCUUGAGAUGUCCAGUGCAUUGUGUUUUUUCUAACCUUUGGAAAUCAGCAUUGACCUCCUUUAUGUAAGAUUACUCAUAAGAUAGCUGUGAAAAACUUUAGCACUAAAAAAAAAGAUCUUGUAGUCCCAAUGGUAUUGUAAUGCAUUGGUUUCUCUAGUAGCUGCCAUUUUCCCCAUCUUGAAACCGUUUAGGUACAACAGCUAGCAUGUGGUACAAACAUGACUUUUGAUGUUGACAAGUUACUGUUGGAAACAUCACCUAUAGACUCCAUUAAGUUAAUUUUAUAGUAUUAUGAAAACUGAGAUCUGUGUUUGUCAGCUUUGCACUUGAACUGAAAGUGACAGCCCCUGUAAUGAAAGUAUAUUCUUGAGAGGUAAAGAAUUUUUAGUUUUUCCAAUGCAUUGUCAGUGUAUAAGGUGUGACUCAAAGCUGCUACACCAGAAAAAUCUGUUUACUGCGGAAUAACAUUUAAAGUAAACCCACGAUGAAAUUUACUGUGGUAUGUAUACGUUAUACAUACAAGUGCUUGUGUAUAUAUUUAUAUUGUUCCUUUUUUGUAAAUACUGCCAUAAGUACAAUAUUAUGUCCAGGUUUUCUGAGAGCUAGAAUUGUAUAUAAAAGUUAAAAUGUGUGUUUAAAAGAUUUCAGGAGAAAAUAUUAGACACAGUUUCAUGCAAGUUGAUUCAGAAAACUGUAUUGUAUGGAUGUCAUGAUAAGGUUUGUGCAGACUUAUCUAUCCUUUUCCAGAGUAAUAUGCAUUCCAGACAGGGCAGAAGCAAAAAGCAAGCUGUUUUUUUUUUUUUUUGCUGCAAGGGAGUUUGUCAUUUCAGUUGUGAUGAAUGCUGAGUAGUUUGCUGCAUCAAAACUGUUGCAGCCUUUAUGCAAAGUUAUUGCAUAAUGUGCUACUUAAAAGUAUAGCAGUUCUUGUCAAGUUCUCCAGAAUGAUAAUGGUUAUGUUUGAGAAUUAUCUUUGGAUUUGGACAUUAAUACAGAAGCAUUUAUUUUGUAAAUAUAAAUAUGCCACAGGGUAUUUUGACAGAACUUAAGAUUGUGAGGGUAAGAACCUUCUAAAAUGAUGCUUUUGCUUUUUUUUUUUUUUUGUAAUUGGAAAAGUGGAAAAACUGUUCACAGAUAUGUUGUCUCUUCACGGGAGAACUGCUUUUGGUGUGUGGAAAUUACAUUUGCGUAACAGUUCUCAGAACUCUGUUUUUGCUUUCUUCUUGCUGCCUUGCCAUUGCAGCUUCACAGUCCUUUGGUUGCUUCUUCCUUAUUGAUAGUUGAGGCAUUAAUGUGUUUAAGUUCAGUAUGCUUUUAUUGGCAGUUUUAUUUGAUCAGGGGUGGGAUAUACAGAACAUUUUGUGACACUGAGUCAUAUAACUUAAAACUUAGUCCCGCCCAUCUCAUUUUUUUUUUUUUUUUUUUUUUUUGCCACAUCAUUGUUAUGCAUCUGAGAAGUGCACAGCUUAUACCAUUGAUUGUUUUGCAUAAAAAGAUGAAUCAAGAGAGUAACAACAAAAUGAUGCCUUUAAGAAGCAGUGAAUGGGGCAAGACUGCUACAGCAAGUAUGAUCUUUGGUCAAGAAUAAGCACUGGCUUCUGCAACCUUUGCUUUGCCUUCCUCCCCACUACUAGAUGUCAGAACAGAAAGUGCUGAAUGGUCUGCGUGCUCUAGAAUAAAUCCAUGGUAGAGAAAUCCUUCAGUUAUCCACCACAGGGCAAAUUAUUCUGUCCUUCGUACACGCAUAAAGAUGAAAAAAAUGAUAAUAUAUGUGCCCAAACAACAACACCUAGUCAGAUGGGUUUGUUUCUCCUUUCUUUUAUCUGUAUUUCACUAGCUGCAGCAAAAGCAGUGGAGCCACCAGCAGAUCUGUGGCCAGGGAACCAAACAAGUUUUUAGACUGACUGGGAUUUCAGCUACACCAUUGGCUUUAAUCUGGAUGUAAUUCUUAUGCAGUACAACACACAGAAGAGUUGUAAGUUAUAUAAAAAAAAGUUAUGAAAUCCAUAUUCUUGUUCACCAAAUUUCAGGGUGUACCUGAACCUUCAGUUAAAUCGGACACAGUUUGUUGUUUCCUUUUUAAUUCUGCAUCAGGACCUGUCCUGCUUUCAGUUUAUGCCACCAGGCAGAUUUCUGUGAAGCUUUAACACAUGAUGGCUGAUGCAUUUUUUAUUAUAGUGCAACCAUGCUGUUUUCUGGUCAUCUUGCUUGAACAUACAACACCCACACAAUUAUGUGUAUCACAGUCUUUUCUGAAUGUUACCAUGCAGGUAAAAGAACAACUGAUUAUGGCUCCAUCCAGGGUUGUGUAUUCCACUGUUACGUGUCAGAUUUCUGCAUUUAAUCAGACUUUCCUUAUCCUUCAAGGAGACUGGUAGGUAAUGGCCAAAAGCUCUUUCUGUCCAGUAUUCCCAUUCCUCUGAAUAUUUCACCUUUACUGAGGUUCUUAUCCACUUGAAGCACCUUCAUAUGACAUGUAAAGGAGUAAGAUUUACUUGUGAUUAAAUUGCAUCUGCUCUUUGAAAAACACUUCACAUUUUGGGUGUUCCAUCUCUCUUGGUAUUCUUCAUGGAAAUAGCAAAAGUACCUUGACUUCACUGCUCCAACACCAGGGAAGGUAGAUUGGGUAAAUAAUAGAGGCUAUGUAAAUUUAGUCUUACUCAGACAUCACAGGUCAAAGGAUUCUAAGCUAUGCAUUGAAAAUUGUGUCUUAAUUCAGAAUUGUUUUUGAUGCUGUUGUUUUAAUACUUUAAGCUUCUCCUGUGGUGAAACUCUUCAAAAGUAUCAAGUGUUUUGAAUUCAGACAUCAAGAACUCUCUAAACACUGUUGACUGUGGCAUUAAAGGUUGCCCACCAUGUUGCAUGGAGAAUGUAUUGUGUCACUUGCUGUGUUAAUGGUAAACAACUUCUUGUACAAAUUUUUCUGGCUUAUUUUACUAAUUUCCAGGAAGACAUAAAAUGUUGCAUUACGGACAUCCUGUUAUUCCCCAUCUGAAGCACAUGCAUAUAUGGACUUCAGGUUGAUAUAUCCAGACUGCCAACAGAAGGCAAAAUAAAUCAUGUCUGCCCAGGGCUUCUUAAGAAAGCAGAGUACCCCAGGCCAAGAUGAACUGUUAUGAUGCCUUGUCCAUCUACUGCCUCUUUUCUUGUUUCCUUCUGGCAGUAAGUCAUGCUUUUUUCCUCUCCUAGUGGUAUACAGUCACCUAGGACCAGUGUUUUUGAACAUGGUGUCCAGAAGUCAUUCUGUGAAAUUUUUGGACUUGGACUGUGCAUCCUGUGUCUCUGUGAUCUCUGUUUACUCUGUCCUCUUCAUUCUUCUGGAGUGAUCAUAGGUAACCACUGUAAACAUGUAAGGUGCAUAUUUUAGUUGUCCUUCCACACACAGUUCCAACCCCUUCAUGUAGAGAAGGUCUAGUAGCCAUGUACUAGGUCAGUGACUUUGUUGGCUUGUCUUAUUUCCAGGCUAUUCACCAAAUGUCUGAGUCAUAGCGGAAGCCAUUUAGCUAAUGUUCCCAUGCUCCUUUUCAGAAAAUCAGCAAAGUUGGACUUCUGCGGAUUUUUUGAUGGACUAGUUCUUCAUUUCUCUGGACAGAACAUUGGUCUUUUAAAACAUAACAGAGGAAGUGCCAUGCCUGUUGAUAGUCUAAACAAGAAGUCCUUUUUUGAGAUGAUGGGUCCUGUGCAAUCAGGUUUAUUUUGUGGUAAUGUGGAAAUUAGUUGAAACUUUGGAUAUGUAUCCUUCAUUGCUCAAUGGGUGUUACACUUGGGAGUGGUUGACAUUACCUCAGUGCUUCUACGCCACAUUUGUUGUGUUGGUUGCCCUUUGUUAGUGGCAGGGCUUGAACAGCCUCUUCUUGCAUGCACUUGUCCCCCCCACCCUUUCAUCUACUCAUUUCAUGACAAGAGAUUCCUCCUUUGUAGGUUGCUAGGGUUAGUGGGCCACCAUUCCAUUCAGGGUUCUUAAUAUCUGUUCAUAUCACUGCCCUCCUCUCCAGACAUUACUUUUUGCUGUGCCUGUCUAGACUCCUGCUAGAAACUGGAUCAUACUGUCAUAAAACUGGAAAAAUGACUGUAGUAUGAUUGAGCAAGCAGUCUUUAAAGUUGUACCAUCUGUGUAAGAAGGCUUUUUGACUGCCAUGUAAAUUUAAGCAGAGAUCAGUUUAGAAGUUGUGCAUGUAUCAAAUGACAAGUACCCAAUAGAUGUUAUUUUCAAACUAUGAAGGCAAAUCCAGCCAGUUUUCCUAAUUCUUGUGGAACAUGAGACUGGAAUGGUUUUAUUCUGUCCUCAAACUCAAAAAAAAAUUUUUGUAUGGAUACUUUCCUUUUCUGUAGGGUAGCCAUUUUCUUUACUAGUUUCCUGCGUUGUGCAGUUCUGGAACCCUAAACAAGGUACAAAGAUUUUUUUCCUGAAAACCUGCAUUAGCUGAGACAGUCCUGCUUGAAUCUCUCUCUCUGUCUUUGAUGUGGGGGUCAUUUGUUCUCUUGAAAGAGAUUUUGUAUAGUUUUCAGCAGGAAAUCUAUUCAUUUUCUUUGUUGUCAAAUGGUGCCCACAAAGGAAGUUGAGAAAGGCUUACUAAUGUGGGACAAACUAAUUUGCCUCAAACUUAUCCUGAAUAAUUAAUCGGGUGUAUAAUUUCACAUGUACAAGUUUUCUUACUUUUGUGUUAUAUAUUUAUUGUUUAGGACUGUUUCUUAGAUGGUGCAAAAUGCAAAACUUAAUGCAUACCUUGCCCUCACUUUCAUUUCAAGCCACACUUCUGUUAUGGACCUCUGCUACAUAAGGAACAAAUUACAUACAGAAGAUUGUCCUGUGAAGGUAGAUUUGUCAGUGAAGUAAGUUAUGUGUGAAAGAAUGGCUACAGAGAUGCCACAAGCAAAAAGAAAACGGAUGCUGCAGUGAGUUAAAUCUAAAAGUUUGCAAAUUAAGCAGGUUGCUACUGUUACUAAUUUGAUGUAAUAUUCUAAAUUUUUCAAUCAUUUUACAUCCAUUAAUAUGGUGGAAGAAACUGUAUGCCCAGAUUUUCCAAGAUGAUUGAAAGUAAGGUGUAUGAAACCUUAUUGUCUCUAGUUGAAGUGCAAGUAGACCCACCUGCACUUGACACAAAAUUUACUGCUGUUACUUUCACUGAGAUGUGCUGUAGUUCCGUAGCCAGAAGCUCCAAGUAUAUAUUGCCCCAUAGUAGAACAUUGAUUGUCAAGAGAUUAAAAAUGCAGCUGAUCUGCUUAGAAAGGAGAAUGUGCAUAACAUAUUUUGAAAGAGCUAGUAUAUGUAUUUUAACAUCUAUAAUUUUCACUUUCAGAUCAGUUAGGAUUUCAUCCAUAUGUUUUCAUAAUGUUACUAUCCAGAAUCCAGUGCUGACAUCUAGUUAUGUUUCUUUUUGUAUCUCAUGAGAGCUGUGCCUUCAUUGGCUGGGGCAUCCAAGUACUUGCUGUGGAAUAAUGUGAUCAAUGAUGUCAGACCGUUUAAAAGGUUCAGGGAUAACUUAACUAGAUAUCUCGGAGACGUUAAUUCAGUUAAUAAAACACUGGUGCAGAUAUAUUGCUACUAUUUUUUAAGAGCUGUUGACAAUAUUUGUAGCUGUUUGAUACAGCACAGUUUGCUCUUUACUUUAAAGGGGGUUUUCCAUAUGGAACUUUUGUCUUUAUUACGCACAAAAAUGGUAAAGUGUAUCGCAUUUUGAUAUAUUUUGCAUUUAUCUAUUGUUACUUAAGAAUAAAAUUAUAGUGUGUUUUCCUCUUGUA